AUGGAAGGAAAAAAUGAGAGAGACCAAUACCAGGAUUUGGCACUCCACUUGAGUUUCUCAUCUGGUACAGAGUUGAGCGAUUCAUAUGUAAUGUCCUAUAGGGGCAGCGAUGGGUGUUUUGGCGAUGCUGUGUUCAAUGGUGCCGCACCCGCUCGGAACGUCCUCUUUGGGAACAUUCCAUGCAAACAAAGAGUGGAAAAGUUUAGUAUUCAGGAUAGCAGCUUAGCGAAUCGGUGUAACAUGCAGGUAAACUUAAAGCGUGACACACCCGUUCUUCAAGACCCUUCGGACACAUUUGCAAGGAUGAAUCAAGUGAUGCACCAAACUUUGAAGUAUGUAAAGGAGGUGGAAAGUAUUGAUUUUAGUAGCAGUAACAUAAUAGAUUUCAACGGUGAAAUCAUGGAGGACCCAAGGAGAGUGUUUCUUUCGGUAUGCACCAGUGUGUUUGCUAACUUCUCGUUCUGCUCUCAGUUAGAUGUAGAAAAACUUCUGAGUUUUCUAUCAGAUAUUUUCGAGAACUAUUCUGAAGACAAUGCUUAUCACAACGCGGUCCACGCGGCUGACUCGGUUCAAAUGUUGUACCUCAUAUUGAGGGAGAAACCUGCAAUCCUGUUAUUUACCAACGAGGAGAUUCUUGUUUGCUUUUUGGCUACGCUUUGUUUGUCAUUCAUACACCCAGGUGUAACAGACGCGUUUCUGGCACGCAUUGACCACCCGCUAACCCUUGUUUACGGUGACGUUACAACCCAGAGGUCAGCAAGCCUUACGGCCUUCCUCUACUUCCUUAAUAGAGAGGAGAACCGUUUCAUAGAUCUGUCCUCCAGCGCUGGCACUCGUCCCAUUUCCCAAUAUUUGAGGGAGUUGUUGGUUGAAACGGUUCUGGCAACUGCUCCUCGAUCCCGUAGGACGCUGCUGAGUGAUCUUCAGGAUGUGGCGGCGUCUAAUGUGGUAUCGGUGGAUGACCUUAGGUUCCUGCUCUCAGCGAUUGUGACUCUAUCGGAUAGUGCGCUAGCAUUGCGCCCGCGGGCACAAUUUAUCAGCUGGUCGCGGCUACUUUGUGCUGAGUGGCUGAGCGAGGCAACUCAAGAAGAGAGGAGAAGGAUGGACCCACUCGUGCCGAACCUCCAAAAGCGAGUCGGUGAAGGUGGACUCACGAUGGUAUCGGAUUACUGCCGGGUGUGGCUACGACCUGUGGCUGCUGCGACCCGUGCACUGGUUCCGCAGGACCUUUACGACAAUUUGGAGCGAAACAGUGAUGUCCCCACUUUUGGUGAAGUUGCAGCCUUCUCUGUGCCGGAUGUUUCGGCUGAUAAGCCAUGGAGUGAUGGAAGUUUAUCUGUUUUUGAGAUUCUUCGCAAGGUGACUAUGCAUGCAAAGUCUUUGGACCGAAAGGCCUCAAAGCGUGCCAUUCUCAACGCAACAUGUGGGCGUCUGGUAUCGGCCCCCGCGUCGCAAUUGUCAUCACCGUUCCAUGCACCUUCUGAACCGUCGAUUUCGUGCUCUCCGGUGGAGAAAUUGGUUUCUCAUCCAAGCCGGUGCGAGCAUUACUUCUCGUUUUUGCGGCUUUACGACACUUACGACAGAGAGGGCCGUCCCGCAACCGAGUUUGCAGAGCAGCUAGUUUUUUUAGCGAUGCAGCUGAAUCCUGAUUAUGUUGGGCGUUACGCUCGCGAGGGCAUAGAUGCGUCUUCUAAGGAGGACUGCAGCAAGAUUGCGUCCCUUAUUAUCCAAAGUGAAGAGGCACCAUCCACCGCGGAGGUGAUAGCAUCCCCAUUGCGCGGGGCUGAGCAGACCGAUGGCUUCAUUUUGCGUUUGAUGGAGAUGUACACCGAACGCGACAGAAACAGAAAUAAUUGCUCCGUCCAGAAUAGCCACACAAACCUUCAGUCGACUUCGAGGUGCCUCUUGCCUUGCUCCAACCCCGUAUACGGGGGUAUGGACCGUGGAAGAAAGUAG